AUGCCGCCGCCCGCGAAGCCUCCGAUGACCUUGAAGGAGGCCAAGCGGGCUUACAAGAAAGAGGGACCGGGAGGCUUCCGAUACACUGCGUCGCAAAUGGCACGCGCAGACAGGUUGGACGCGCGAGAAGAGAAACGAAAGAAAGAGUUAGAGAAAGAGAGGCAGCGUGUGGAGAACAAGCGCAAACGGGAAGACAAGUUGGAGAGGGAGCGAGCCGUCAGACAGAAGAUGUUGGAUGAAGGCCGAAUCAGUGUCGAGGAUACCUGGGGGAAGGUGACCGCGAGUCAACCCCGAUUGAACAAGUUCUUUGGACAGAGGCCUGCACUUUUGCCAUCGAAGAGGGCGACAGGACUUCAGUCGAUUGUGGAAGAAGGAGACGCGGAGGAAGCAGGGCCCACCGCCGAGAGUCAACAAGCGAAAACUUGUGUCAAUGAGCUCCACGGCCGCUCACAGAAAGGACUCACAGAUGUCGCAGCUGGCCAAGGCCCUUUACAGCCGAUGAGCUCUUCUCCUGUCCUGUCUCCAAACCUGAGUCUUUGUCAACAAGGACGAAACAAUGACUCAAGAGUCUCCGUUUCAUCGAGACGGACACCGUUUGAUCCGGCGCCAUCACCAGCUCUCAGAGAGCUUAGACCUUCGCAGAUCAAUUCUCGACAGCUAGGAGCGCGCCAGACUCUGAAUGAAGACAAGAUUGGAUCACCACAGAGGUCUGUAGGGAGACUAUGGCCAAAUUCAAAAUCUUCAGGGGAGGAGGCAACUGCAAGCGACGUCCAAUGGCACUCCGAAAGUCCACCCACAGCCCCCACUCGAAAUGAGAUCUCUCCCGGCCGUCCAGCAGCGACAGUGCUUCCAAAGAAUGAAUUUGGUAGCGCGAGCCGCGGAGGCAGCAACAGGAAGCAGGGAGCCGAUUCAGACCAACGCCGUCUUUGCACGUCAAGCAUAUGUCUGGAUGAAGAUUUCACUGAUGGUAUAGACGAUGAGACUUUUCUCAUGCUAUGCGCCACACAAAAGUCCCUUCCAGACGAUCUGUCAACACGAGAGAAUUCGCCAACCUCGGCUUCAGGCGGCGGUACUCCGGCGUGUGAUUCCCCCAGAACCAAAGCAAGCCCUGUCGCGCCGAGAACAAAUCCGCUCUCAGAGUUCACGGCGCCAGCGUCGAAGAAACUCUCAGAAAGCUUCAACUCAGUGUUCAACGAAAUUGAAGACGAAGAUUUCAUCGCCCUUGCCGAGGAAGUGGAGGCAGAAAUAGCGACGCCGAAACAAACACCAACAAUGCCGUCGGUAGCAAAGAAGACAGCUCCAAUGGCUCCUCCUCCAGUCCUACCGUCCAGGGCCUUAGAGAAGACGCGCAAGCCACCGGCACUGGGCGUAGAGAACAAGAUACAAAAGAUAGAGAUGCCACCGCGGAAGCUGAAGGGGAAGAGAAGACUUCCAUGGGAUCUUCCAAGGGAUGAUUUCAUUGACCUCGGCCCGUCAACGCAAGCUUUGACGCUGGAACUACUGCAGCAGGCUGAAGCGAACGUGAGAUGA